AUGUCAGCAGUGGAUGGUGCAGGUUCGACGUGUCCAGCAGCAGGCUCACCAGCAACGAAGACCAGCUUCCAGCUCUUCAACCAGAUCCGGAGCUUCACCUGUUGCUCCACUGCCUUCACCUACGAGUGUUGCCGAGCUAACCGCAAGUAG